AUGCCCUCCGUUCUUUCUCCAACCGUGCAACCCACACAAGCAACCCCGCUGCGCAAAAAGCAGCUCCUCAAACCCCUCGGCACACCAGUACCAUUGAAGAAGAGGACGAUAGCCUAUCUAGACGACGAUGAACACCACCAGCCUCUCAAUGGCUUCCCUUCGAAUGGGCAUGCGAAGGGCCCAACAAUACAGGAAGUGCGCGCGCAAUUGCCCAUCGCACAGGGCAGGAGCGCGAUAGUCCACGCGAUCGAGAACAACGAUGUGACCAUCGUCCUCGGUGAAACGGGAUCCGGCAAAACAACCCAAAUACCCCAAUACCUCCUGGAAUCGCAGCGCAUUUCUGGACAGAUCGCCAUCACGCAGCCCCGUCGCGUCGCCGCAACCUCGCUCGCUGCCCGCGUAUCGAUGGAACAAGCCCGGCCGCUCGGGACUUUGAUCGGAUACGCGGUGCGUUUCGACGAGUGCUCGAGCCCAAAAACGCGCGUCAAAUACCUUACGGACGGCAUGCUCGUUCGCGAGAUGAUGAUUGACCCUCUCUUGAGGAAAUACGGGGUGGUCAUCGUGGACGAGGCCCACGAAAGAACGCUGAGGACCGAUUUGGUCCUGGCGAGCUUGAAGAAAAUCCUAAGGGAACGGAACGAGGGGGUAGACGGCAAGGGAAAAGCCAAGGCCAAGGCAAACCCGCUGAAGGUGGUGGUGAUGUCGGCCACCCUCGACGCCGAAAAAUUCAGUAAGUUUUUCGACAAUGCCAAUGUGCUGUACGUCAGGGGGCGUAUGCAUCCUGUGACGAUCUACCACACCGCGACGAGCCAAAACGACUACCUGGAUGCGGCCCUGCGAACAUUCUUCCAGAUUCAUACCGACCAGCCACCAGGCGAUGUUCUUAUAUUCUUGCCAGGACAAGAAGAUAUAGAGAGCCUGGAAUCGUCCAUAACUACUUACGCUAACCAACUGCCUCAGAAUGUGCCCGGCGUGACGCUCUGUCCCUUGUACGCGUCACUUCCAAAUGCGCAGCAAUCAAGAGUCUUUGCUCGUCCGCCCCCAGGGACACGUAAAUGUAUCCUGGCGACGAAUAUAGCGGAGACGUCGAUCACGAUCCCUGGCGUCAAGUAUGUUAUCGACACAGGCAAGCAAAAGGAAAAGAGGCACAUAGCGCGGGAUUCCGGGGGUGGCUUUGACACCCUUCUCACUGCUGAUAUAACAAAAUCUUCUGCCAUGCAACGUGCUGGCCGCGCUGGCCGAGAAGGAAAAGGGUAUUGUUUUCGCCUUUAUACUGAGGAUGCGUUCAAUAGUAUGGCGUUAUCGUCGGAACCGGAGAUUCGCAGAAGCAGUCUUACCUCUGCGGUUCUGCAGCUCAAGUGCGUCGGUCAAGAUCUAGAAACGCUCGAGUUUAUGGAUAAACCUGAUCCCGAGUCUAUCGGUGCCGCAUUGAGAACCCUAUGGUUGUUGGGCGCGAUAGAUCCAUCAAAGAGGCUCACGAAUUUUGGGCGUUCCAUGGCAGCGUUUCCCCUGGAGCCUCAAUACGCUGCAAUUCUACUUGCGUCCGUCGAGCAGCACAGCACAUCGGAAGUCAUCUCCAUACUUUCGCUCCUCUCCGCCUCCGCUCCUCUCUUUCCCGACUCUUCGUCGCAACGAGACUCCGCCGCCUCUGCUAGAAUGAAGUUUCGUCACGCGAUGGGCGAUCAUCUCACCAUGCUUAAUGUGAUGUUAGCCUAUGACGGACUGGAGAAGGGCGAUCGGCGCGAAUGGUGCAAGCGUAAUUUUGUCAACGAACGAGCGCUUCGAGAAGCUGUGGACAUCAGAAAUCAGCUCAAAGACGUGUGCAAGAGGAAUGGCAUGGACUGGAAUCUGCGAUGUAACGGCGAGGAGUGGCCUAUCUUAAGGAGUCUAGUGCGCGGACUGGUGCAGAACGCCGCACUCUUGCAACCUGACGGGUCAUACAAGCAAGCGAUGGGGCCAUCGAUCAUCAAGAUACACCCAGGGUCCUCGCUCGCAGAUAAAAAGUCCGCGGCCAUUUUUUACGACGAACUGGUGUACACAACGCACAUAUAUGCUCGCGGAGUUUCUGCAGUGCCCAAGUCCUUCAUCUCUGACGUCCCGUUGCUUGCAAGCUCGCGACGAGGGACGCAAUGAAGCGUGUUUUCAUGUGUUGCCAAUUCUUUCUACAAUAGCUCGUCGUGCACUCGUCUUGCGUUGCAAAUGAGCAAUACAGUGGUGUCAGCUGCC